AUGGGCGUCAGGAGCAUCGUCAAGACGGUAGACUGCCUGCUCAAGGUGCUCCGCUCUGGCAUCGCCACCAUCGGCAAGUGGCACGGCAAGGCGCUCCAGAACAUGGCCUACGCCAACUGCAUCCUCGGCUACACCAGGCUCGAGAGCACCUAG